AGAAUAAGAACGAUAUAUCCAAUUGCUUGCAACCAUGCGAAGCAAUUGAGUGAAACCACUCAUGAUUUUAUGUUUAUCUCUCUCAAUGAUUUAGUUUUGUCACUAUUUUGAUUUUUCUCUCUAUCAUUGUUGACACUAAUUAUUCUAACGAAGGACACCGUGCCAAGGGGACCAACAUGGCCGGUGCUGGUAUGAGCCAGCUGUCCCCAAGAUGGGCAGCUUUUUUAUGCCUAUUCGCUGUUCUAUGUUCACUUUUUAUGCCAGGAGUUGCGGUGAAGGAAAAUGAUUUCAAGAAAUGUGACCAGUCUGGCUUCUGCAAGAGAAAUAGAGCUUAUGCCGACAACGCUGUCGCUCUAGGGUCCGAAUGGAAAGCACCCUACAAGAUUCCUUCCGAGCUGGCCUCGUUCAAGGAUGGCCAAUUCCACGCUACGAUUCUAAAAACUAUCGACGAACAAGGAAAUACCGUCCAACUUCCCAUCACCGUAUCUUUCUUGAAAUCGGGUACGGCACGUGUUACGGUCGACGAGAAGAAGAGACAAGAUAAGGACAUUGAGAUUAGGCAUAAUAGCGGGGCUAGAAAAGAGAGAUACAACGAAGCUGAAAAAUGGACGAUUGUUGGUGGCUUGGAUGUUGAUACGGAUGCUAAAAUUUCUCAUGAAGGUGAGACCGGCAUCAAGAUCCAAUAUGGCCCCAACCUAGCAUUUGAAGCCGAUAUUACCUAUGAGCCAUACUCGAUUGAAUUCAAGCGAGAUGGUGUCUCUCAGAUCAGAUUCAACGACCGUGGCUUAAUAAAUAUGGAGCAUUGGCGACCGAAGAUCGAGAAGCCGGAGCCAGAAAAGAAAGAGGGUGAAGAAGGACAAGAGGAGAAGAAGGAAGAAAUCAUCGACGUACCUCCGUCGGAAGACGAAGGCACUUGGUGGGAAGAAACUUUUGGUGGUAAUACCGAUUCUAAGCCUCGUGGACCUGAGAGUGUUGCCCUUGAUAUCACUUUCUUGGGCUACGAGCACGUCUACGGAAUUCCGGAACAUGCUGGCCCCUUGUCACUGAAGGAGACUCGCGGCGGUGAGGGUAACUACGCGGAACCAUACAGGUUAUACAAUGCCGAUGUUUUCGAGUACAUCUUGGACAGCCCAAUGACUUUAUAUGGGGCUAUUCCUUUUAUGCAAGCUCAGCGAAAGGACUCGACUGUCGGUGUUUUCUGGCUAAAUGCUGCCGAAACCUGGAUCGACAUCACCAAGGCCAAGGAAUCCAAGAACCCCUUGGCGCUGGGAAUUGGUGCCAAGACCAACACACAGACUCACUGGAUCUCGGAGUCCGGCUUGAUGGAUGUAUUCGUCUUCCUUGGUCCAACCCCUCGUGAUAUUACCAAGAGCUAUGCUGAACUCACUGGCACCACUGCCCUUCCUCAGGAAUUCUCUAUUGGUUAUCAUCAAUGCCGAUGGAAUUAUGUCUCGGAUGAUGAUGUCAAGGAGGUUGACCGUAAAAUGGAUCGGUACCAUAUCCCAUACGAUGUCAUCUGGUUGGAUAUCGAAUACACCGAUGACAAGAAGUACUUUACUUGGGACAACGACAUGUUCAAAGACCCCAUCUCCAUGGGUAAGCAUUUAGAUCAGCAUGGAAGGAAGCUGGUCACGAUCAUUGAUCCUCAUAUAAAGAAUGCCGGAGGUUAUCACGUGUCGGACGAACUUAAGUCGAAGGGCCUGGCCGUCAAGAAUAAGGAUGGUAAUGACUUCGAUGGUUGGUGCUGGCCUGGAUCUUCGCAUUGGAUCGAUGCUUUCAAUCCAGCCGCCAUCAAGUGGUGGUCGACUUUAUUCAAUUAUGACAAGUUCAAGGGCACAAUGGAGAACACUUUCAUCUGGAACGACAUGAAUGAACCGUCCGUAUUCAAUGGACCGGAGGUCACUAUGCCGAAGGACAAUCUUCACCACGGCGGCUGGGAGCAUCGAGACGUCCAUAAUGUCAACGGCAUGACUUUCCACAAUGCUACGUACGAGGCUAUGCUGUCACGGAAGAAGGGUGAGCUGAAACGCCCAUUCGUACUUACCCGAUCCUUCUUUGCUGGCUCUCAACGUCUUGGUGCGAUGUGGACUGGCGAUAAUCAGGCCAGCUGGGAACACCUCGGCGCUUCCGUUCCGAUGAUUCUCGCUCAAGGAAUCUCUGGUUUCCCUUUCUCUGGUGCUGAUGUUGGUGGUUUCUUUGGUAACCCAGAAUUGGAACUUCAGAGUCGUUGGUACCAAGCCGGUGCCUUCUAUCCUUUCUUCCGAGGACACGCUCAUAUUGAUGCUCGGCGCCGUGAACCAUUCCUCCUUGCGGAACCGUAUCGAUCUAUUAUUACGUCCGCUUUACGCCUCCGCUACAGCCUACUUCCCGCUUGGUAUACCGCAUUCUACCAUGCUAACCAAGAUGGUAGUCCUAUCAUCCGUCCUCUGUACUGGACACACCCGAGUGAGGAAGGUGGUUUCGACAUUGAUGACCAAUUCUUUGUUGGAUCGACGGGUCUUUUGGUAAAGCCGGUUGUGGAGAAGGACAAGCGUACUGUUGAUAUUUACAUCCCAGAUGACGAGGUCUAUUAUGACUACUUCAACUACAAAAAGCAUGCGACAACUAAAGGCAAAUACCUAACUGUCGAUGCGCCCCUCGAGUCUAUCCCCGUAUUGAUUCGCGGUGGACAUAUCAUACCUCGUCGGGAUACACCGCGUCGCUCUUCUCAGCUAAUGAAAUUCGAUGACUAUACCCUCGUUGUGGCAAUUGGGAAGAAUGGUCAAGCGGAAGGCGAGCUCUACGUUGACGAUGGCGACUCCUUCGAUUAUGAAAAUGGCCAAUACAUCCAUCGCAAGUUCAAGUUGGAGGGUUCUACCCUUUCCUCUACUGACGCAGAAGGCCGCGACAUCAAGAGCGUGAAGGAAGGGAAAUGGUUGAAGCUCAUGCACGGCGUAUCCGUUGAUAGAAUCAUUGUCAUCGGCGCGCCUUCAUCUUGGGCUAAUAAGAAGGAAGUAGAAGUCGAGUCUGAGGGCAAGAAGACUUCGGUGCCGCUAGAGUACCACAAUGCCGAGGGUGGCAGAGCUGCAUAUGCGACCAUAAGGCGGGUCGCUGCUAGAAUUGGCGCUGAUUGGACGGUGUCUUUUGCUUAGAUAGUGGAAUAUGAGUGGCGUACUUAUUAAGGUGGAUAGAGAUGAAUAUGACUAUGAAUGACCAUUUGAAAAAA